UCAACAAGAAAAUAUGAAUGAGUCCAGGCAGCAGUCUCUGUUCUUUGUCAUACUUCCAGAUUUACACAAACUCUGCGCUGUCCAGAUACUGUUGAGUAGCGGGGUGGCAGAAGUAGACAUGAGGAGCACGCAGAUGAAGAUGUGCAGGCAGCUGCUCUUUCUGCAUGAAGACAUUCUUACAGCACCCAUGCCUGGAAUAGUAAACCAAAUUUGGGUAGUGAUGUCGAUACCAUUUUUUAAAUCUGGGAGACUCAAUCCUUACAUUGAAAACCACAGAGCAAAGAUGGAGGCUCCACAAAGAGUAAUUCCUGUGAUUCUUCAAAACUGCCUUUCAUAUUCACUCACGGCUAGACUUGCUCCAGCCUGGAAUAAAACAGGUCAUCUCUUGGUACAAGGAAAAGAUUUCCUUUCUCAUAUGGGAAAGCAAAGUGCUGUUGUAUUAGACAUCAAUGUAACAGAAACGCAAGUUUGUCUAAGUAUAGAAGUCUACACUAUCAGAUUGCCACCACCUGAGCUACAGGAGUUUGAUAUUUCUCAGCACAUUAUAGAGGAUUUUCAUACCAAUCAGAGUGCUGUCAUCGAGAGGCAUUCCAUUUUAAACAGCUGGUGCUAUGUUUUGCCAAGCAUGAAAAUGGGGCAGAUAAUAAAUAUCCUUCAUGCUGCACCCCCUGACUGCCCCUUUCAUUCCUUUGAAGAUUUCCAGAGGCACUGGGAUGACCUGUAUGGCUAUAAACUUCCAGACGAUUGUGGAGAUAUGAACAUAUACUGUAGCAUCUACUUCCGAACGGCCAACAAAAGGACCUUCACGUACCCUCUCGGCUGCAUCAGAAGUCAGCCCAUCCAGUUUUUCCCUAGGGUGGAUUUGGACGGCGUGUUGAAAAGCUUUCUUUCGGAUUUAAAGUCUAAACUGCCGCAUAUAUGUGGAUUUCCCAUAAAGAUGACAACUAAGCCGUGCUACUACACACAGGAGCUAAGCAGAGCAGAGACAAAGGAAAACAAAGUCAAACCGCCCAAUCUGACGACUAAAAAACUCUUCCGAGCUUCUCUAACUCAGGCCACGUUGGAGAAACCCUCCGGGGCUCUGUGUUUCCGCCCACAGCCAGCAGCAGCCAGCCACAAGGUGGAGCCGUCCGCCAGCCAGCAGAGGGCAGGCCUGUUCGCAGCCGCUCUCCUGCAGCCAGGGUCUUUUCACGACCCAAAGCUCUCCUGGCCUCUCAAGGAAGCUCAGCUAUAUCUGGAGAACUCAAAGCUCAUCAGAGAAAAUACACAAGUUCAACGUAAAAAUCUUUGCUCAGAAACUAACAGAGCCCCGGCAUUCAUACCGGUUUUCAAAAAGAAAUCUGAGCAAGAGAGCAAAGACGGUUCAGCACUUGGUACGGUGAAAAGAAAGCAGAAUGCGGUUACAGAACCUAUCCUGUUGGCGCAGGAAACUAGUCUACCUCAGAGAAGCAAACCGAGUUUAGUUACAGCCACUCGGAAACAAACAAACCGUAACAUUCACACUCGUGUUGGGAAUUUAAAUCCGAAACUCUCGAGACCGCCGCAAGAAAAAAGCAGUGAGUUCUGUGAGCAGAAGAGGCAACAUUCCGCUUCUGCUAUAGAGUGGACUGUGCACCCCAGUGCACAGCUGUCAAGGAGCAGCUGGAGUGUGGUAAGAAACAGUGCUGACAUCCACACCAGCGCAAAAGAAGACCUAACAAGCAGAGCCAUAACACAAAUUUUAGGGAAAAGCCGUGAGUCACUAAAACUCAAAAGCCAGCCACACAUUUUUGAAUCAGACUUAGAAACUGAAGAGUCCCAACAGCAGCAGCUAGUAAAAAAGAUUAAAGACACUGAUGUAGCUGAGUGCGUCCUAACUGAGGGCAAAGCAGCCCACAGCCGCAGGCGGAAGGUAUGCCCCGAGUCUUCAAAAUCUUCUACAAAGCAUCGCUCUAAUGCACACAGGCAAUCUAGUGCUUCUAACAACCAGGAAAGCAACUCCGAUGAAGGUCAUCAGAACCAGUCCUUAGCCUGCCUUGCAAGUUGCCAGGAACUAAUGAUGUGUCUGCAGCCCCAUGAUCAAGAAAUCCUCAACUUCUCCGAGUCCUUCUCUGAACGCAAGGCCUCCAAUCGAGUGAUGAAAAGCUUUACUCAGAAAUCUAAGGAGCUCAGGGGAAAAUCUCCUAAAGACACUACCAGUAUCCGGGAUGCCCAACAGCAAAAUUCAGCAGGCACAGACUCUGACUUUCAAGAUGGAGAGCAGCGUGGACAGAGGAAAGCUGUGCAGAGAACAGAGCUGCAGAAAGAGGACAACUUCCAAAACACGGUCAUUAACUUUCUCAGAGACGAGGGAACUAUUUUAUCUACAAACACAGAUUCAGGAAGUGUGUGCUCAGAGCCAGACCUCUGGGCAUGUCGUCAAGAAAAACUGCCCCUCACAUCUACUGAAAGCUCCCUGGGGGACGCGUGGUCAGCGCUCAGGGUUGACUUCACAGCUCAUGUUCUUGUGUUUCCCAACCUGAAAUACCACAGCGAACACAUCAGCGGCGCAGUGCAGCCCUCAGUUGUCGGCAGUGUCAGAGCUAAUGUGCCGUUUCCCUGGCACCUGCAAAAAAUUGGGAGCCAGGAGGAAAAGACGCUCAGCAAGUGCAUGCUCCUUAAGCGGCCUGUAACUGCCAAAGCACUUUGA